GCAACUCCUGAACCCGAUGGUGGAACUGGGACUAGUGCUGCUGGGAAAUUGGAGUCAAUAUCAGCAAUGCCAGCAUAUAAAGAAAAAAGUCAUGAAGAACUCCGCUGGGAGGAUUAUCAAUUGGGGGAUAAAGGUGGUCCAGCCCCUGCUGGUGGGAGUGGGUUUGGCAUUACUACCUCACAGCCAAACCCUUUGAAUCCUGCACCGACAUUCCCUCAAGCAUCAAGUCCUUUUAAUGCCACAACUUCAUCUAAUUUGUUUGCUCCAAAAACUUCAUCCUUCACGAAUACAGGCUUCACAACAACGUCUACACCAGUCAGUUCAGCAAGUUUUGGGAUUUCUACUUCAACCAGUCCUUUUACACCAUCACAACCUUCUACGGUUUUCCCUCAAACCUCAUCUCCGUCUCUCUUUAGUUCGUCAAGGUCUGCAUUUUUAUUUUCUGCAUCUUCACCUUUUCCUUCCUCCACAACCUUCGGUGCUGCGUCGUCACGAGCUUUUGGAAAUACAACGACUGCUUUUGGAGCAACUUCUAGUCCUUCACCAUCACCUUUUGGUGGUACAUCUGGUUUUGGUUCUUCCAGUACUCCAUCUUUCAGCUUUCCAUUAACUCCUGCCUUUGGCCAAUCAAGUUCUACAUUUGGUAGCAGUCAAUUUGUCGCUUCAUCUCCUUUUGGAGCACAGAGUUCUCCAUUUGGAGCUCAAUCAACAACAUUUGGGAACACUGGUGCAUUUGGGCAGUCAGCUUUUGGGGGCCAGCAACGCGGGGGCAGUAGAGUGGUUGCAUAUGCUGCAACUCCUGAACCCGAUGGUGGAAGUGGGAAAUUGGAGUCAAUAUCAGCAAUGCCAGCAUAUAAAGAAAAAAGUCAUGAGGAACUCCGCUGGGAGGAUUAUCAAUUGGGGGAUAAAGGUGGUCCAGCUCCUGCUGGUGAGAGUGGGUUUGGCAUUACUACCUCACAGCCAAACCCUUUGAAUUAUGCACAGACAUUUCCUCAAGCAUCAAGUCCUUUUGAUGCCACAACUUCAUCUAAUUUGUUUGCUCCAAAAACUUCAUCCCUCACUAAUACAGGCUUCACAACAACGUCUACACCAUUCAGUUCAUCAAGUUUUGGAAUUUCUACUUCAACCAGUCCUUUUACACCAUCACAACCUUCUACAGUUUUCCCUCAAACCUCAUCUCCGUCUCUCUUUAGUUCGUCAAGCUCUGCAUUUUCAUUUUCUUAUCCGGCUGCUACAACAACUUCCACAUUUAAUUCAAAUCCAUUCAAUCCCACACCUCAAGCUGCCCAGACAGGUGGUGCUUUUACCAGUCCAUUUGGGCAGAAUACAACUCCUUUUUCUCACCCAUUCAGUAACCCUUUUUUGGGGGGCCAACAACUCGGGGGCAGUAGAGUGGUUGCAUAUGCUGCAACUCCUGAACCCGAUGGUGGAAGUGGGAAAUUUGAGUCAAUAUCAGCAAUGCCAGCAUAUACAGAAAAAAGUCAUGAAGAACUUCGCUGGGAGCAAUGUUCUAAAAAUCGGUUUAGGCGGCCGCUUAGGCGGUGCCUUUGCUCUAGGCGGUGCCUAAGCGCUAGGCGGUAAAGGCCCGCUGUGAUAUUGUGCAAAUCGUUUUGUAAAAUCAAUCUGGAGUUAUGCGGUCCUAGGAGGCUUGGCUGUUUGGUUUUAUUUAUUUAUUAAAAAAUAAUUAACUUAAGUGGCUCGUGUCCUUGCCCCGGUAACCUAAUUGCCUAAAUCGAAUUGAAGAAGUAUUUCCACAUUUCUCCCUCCCCGGUCGUCUCGACCCUGAAACUCUCGUCCCUCUGUGCAAGUUCUCUUGCCUGGUGUCUGGCCAUCGUCUUUUGGUCUGCAACUACAAGUCUACAACAACCCCAGCUCUCGUCUUAAGCCGUCUCCAACUCCGUCUCUAGCUCUCAUCUAAUUGUACAAUAUGUGCAAGUUCCCUAGCAAAUACAAACUCGCAUCUCCAGUUUGGCAGGUUUGCAUUCCAUUUGAGUACGUUUCUUGUUAGCUUUUUCGUUUGAUAAUAGCUCCACGGUCUCCAGGUACUUCUGCAUCUGCAAGGGAAACAUUUGUUUUGAUAUUACAGAAAGAUAAAAGUUAAUUGGUUAAUUAACUUAAUUGGUAUCUCCGCUAGGGAUGGGCACGGGCUGGGCCAGGCCGGACCGGACCCAAAAUUGAAGGGAUCAGACUCUACUCUUUUGAAAAUAUAGUGGGGCGGGGCAAGGUGAAUCAUGCAAAAAUUGAAAUGGGAACCGGAUCUAAUCCGGCUUGUUUCCUAGGGGCCUCGCGGGUACAAUUCCAAUUCAUUCCCUAUCAAAUUUCCCAAUACAACCAAUUUACCCAAAUCAUAAAACUCAAUCAUAAUUUACACACCCAGCCCAUCUCCUCAAGAAAAACCUUCAAAGCAACAAACUUUAAUACAAAAAUUGAAUUUUUUACAACCCAGAUGACUACUUUUCCAAGAUUGCUUAACAAUAUAAUAACCCAAUUGAUCAAAAUCCGAAAUUUAACAACUUACUACAACUUUAGCUCCAAAUUAGUGAUUGCAUACAACAUAAAAAAUAACAAAUUCCCUCUUUGGAUCCUUUUGUUUUAUUUAGAAUUCCCCACAAACAGCUUCAAAUCAAAAAAUAAACCAGAAAGAUGGCACAAAUGGAAGACCUCAAGCGGCAAACACAAGCUCAACUUCAAUAACUGGGUAAGCUUCGAACAUUUUCUCCUAGUUGGCGAGGACGCCGAUCUCCUUCUCCGUGAGGCCGUCGAGGGAGGUGGUGAUGUCCUUGUCCUUGAUCAUCUUUGCCAAACACCUGCUGGCAUCCUUGCGGCGACCAUCGCUUAUGGAUUAAUGAAGAAGCUGAAGUCACGAUGACAAAGCGAUGGUAGGUGAAGUCUGGAGAGAGUCCUCCAGAUCGAUGCUCCACUUGGGAAUUCGAGCGAGGAGAGUCCACUCUUGACUUAGGAAAUCAAGAGAGGAGAGACCGAGAGUAAGAGAUGUAUAAAUCAAUGGUGGAGAUUUAAUCUCCGGAUGGUAUCAACGGUCUGGGCCGAUGGUCCCAUUUUUUCAAAAAUUUGGACCUGGCCUGCCCCGCCAUUCACAUGGACUCGCCAUAUCCCGUCCCGUUCUGUUUGGAGUUUACAAAAUUUGUACCCGUCCCGUACCUGCCUCGAAUUGACUAGACCCACCCCGUCCUGCGAUUCCUAGACCUGUUUGCCCACUCCUAAUUUCUGCAUCUAGAUAUCAAAGUUUGAAUUUCCAUUCCUUAUUCUGUUUUAACUUUUAUAAUAGUUUACUUAGUUUAACCCUAUCAGUAAUUUAAGUUCUGCUUUUUAAAUGGAUUAAUGGGUUUCCUACUUUGCUUGAUAUCAAAGUUCUUAACUACAUAACUAGAUCACCGAAAAUAUGACUUGAAUUUGAGUCUUCAUCAUUCGUACCGAAAAAUGACUUUGUUGACCCUAAAAACUACAAAGCCUACGUGGCGCGCAGGCCGAGUAAUUAAUGAGCUAACUACGUCCUUCGGUGA